UUUUAAUUUAGUUUGAAUGUCAAAAUCUGUGAUUGCUGUGUUGUUUACCUAAAAAUGAUUGGUAUUUUACACUAAAAUCCAGUUAAAAUCAAUAAUACUUGUUCUCAAAAUAGGCGAAUCAUGGCAGAAUCCAAGAGUACCGAGGAUAAUCCUCUCGACAUCAAUGGCACCAACUUUAAUCCAGAUCUGUACAUGGAGAAAUUGCUGAAAGUUGCGAAUUUGAAACAAGUUAUGGACAAAGAAGCUGAAAUUGUUACUCAGAGCCAGUUUUUACAGUCAGAAAUGCAAACUCUAGUGUAUGAAAAUUACAACAAAUUCAUAUCGGCUACAGAGACCGUUCGUAAAAUGAGGUCAGACUUCAAAAUAAUGCAGGAGGAGAUGAACAAACUGACCGAGAACAUGAGCAAGAUAUCCUCCUUCAGCGACCAGAUAUCCGAGUCCCUGCACGAGAGCGAGACCAGCCUGAGCCGGCUCUGCGCCACGCGGCAGCUGCUCGACAAGCUACAGUUCCUGUUCCUCCUGCCAUCUCAGCUGAAUACUGCCAUUAAUGAAGGGAGAUACACCGACGCAGUCCACGACUACACGCACGCUCAGAGAGUAUUACACAAGUAUGGAAAUCAGCCAUCCUUCCAGAGCAUCCAAACUGAAUGUUCUGAAAUAAUAUACAGCUUAAAGAAUACUCUUCGUGAGAGACUGCUCAGUCCUGACACCACAGCGGCCGAGCUGGCUGAGAGCGUCAGCCUGCUGCGGCAGUUGCAGGAGACAGACUCCUCUCUGCAGGAUAUAUUCUUAAGUUGCUCCAAAAGCAGACUGGAUCAGCAUCUACAGACUUUAAACUCCAUGGUAGAGACUACGGAUAUCCUGGAGUGGGUGGAGAAAUGCAACAACACACUUCUCGCUGAUCUCGGUAUCAUCAUAUCCUGUUAUCAUGAAAUGUUUCAGGAAAACUAUGACACUCAUUUACCUGAGUUUGCUGAAGUGGUCAUGUCACAGGUUUAUCAUCUCUUCAACCAAGUUGUGAAGGUUCCUGAAAAUAUUGGAACUGAAAUUUUAAUUAGAGGUCUGGAUAAAUAUUUCAGAAAGCUACAAGCUAUGACAGAUAUUAUAUCCAGUGAAGUGAUGGCCAACAAGGCAAUGGAGGCAGUUGUUCAAUGUAUAAACCACAAGGCCACUAUUCAGCAGCAGAACAUACAAAAUCAAUUCAAAGAAAGCCUCAUGAAAGUUAGGCAAUCCCUAGCAAGUAAAGGAUCUGAGAGUGCUGAUUUGAAGGAUAUACUGAACACUUUGCAAGUCUAUCUAAUGCAGAAAAUUCAGGCUUCACUACUAGAUUUGAUGGCCUUCCUACAAAACAAUCUAUCAUUUGGUCUGAAACCAUGGUGCGCCAGGGCCGUUUCAGAAGCAUGCUGGAACAUAAUAUCUGAAACUAUGAUAAACCUCUCAGACAUGGUGACGAAAAUGGCCAACACACAGAAUUCCAGCAACAACAUUCCUUUCGAAUUACUUCUUAUUUUAGCCAAGUUAUGUUUGGAGCUGCAGGAAAGCGGGGUGUCGACGCUGCACACGCACCUGCAGAAGCUGCUGGAGGAGACGGCGCCAGGGCUGCAGCUCGAGGGCAGGGACGCGGGCGGCGCGCUGGGGCCGCUGGGGGCCGCGGCGCAGGCGGCGCUGGACGCGCAGGUGCGGCACGCGGGCACCACCGCGGCGCAGAUGCUGCGCGUGUCGGUGCUGGCGCGGGACUGGCUGCGCGCGCCCGAGCCCCGCGGCCCGCGCGCCGUGUGCCGCCGCGUGGUGGAGACACUCGCCGCCGCCGACGCCGCCGCCGCGCAGCUCUUCCCCUCCAGCGUCAAGGCGUCCAGCGACUCGAGCCGCCGGACCAUCUGGUCGCGGACGGCGUCGUCGUUCUCGCCCAUUAACAGGUUGUUCUCGGAGAGAAUCGAGGUGUUCAGCCCGGCGUGCGCGGACCGCGGGGCGCUGGCGACGGGCGCGCUGAAGGUGGCACUCAAGGCGCUGGUGGAGUGCGCGCGGCUGCGCACGUUCGGGCGGCACGGGCUGCAGCAGCUGCAGGUGGACUUGCACUUCCUGCAGCAGCGGCUGGCGGGCGACGAGCGCGUGCUGGCUGCGCUGCUGGACGACGCACUCGCGUCCGCGCGCCUGCGCUGUGUCGACCCGCAGCUCAUGGAUCCCAGCAUUGUUGAUAUAAUUUGUGAGAGAGGAUAGGUUUAAGUUUUAAUGUAUUGUAUAUUUGAUUAAUAAAUGCUUAUUUAUU